UCUGAUGUUUCGUCCAUCUCUACGCGACAGUGUUGCCGUGGCGGUUGUUUGUUGUUGUUGUUGUUGUUCACGAUGAUGAUGCUGCUGCUGCUGAUACUCGUGGGGUGAGGGAGUUCCCGAGGAGGCGAGCCGGCGAAGGAAGGCGACAGCCGCGGCAGGCGCCGCCGCCGCCGCUCGUGAUUCGAACAAAUUGUAGAUAGCAGGCUGGUGAGUUAGCUGUCAAGAUGGGACCCAGCGUGUCUGGUGAGAUCAGCGUGGCUGGCGAGAUCAGAAUCUUCACUGAACAGACUGGAAUGACCAAGUGGAAGGAUGGCGUUGUCGAGGUCGUGGAGAAGGAUACUAAGUCCACCCUUGUCAUCCGUUUCAAGGCCGGAGGUCCCACUAAAACGUUUACGCUCACAGAGAAUGUAAAGUCUGUGCGAGUGUCCGAUCAUAAGGAACACAGCCGCAUCAUGAUUACUCUGCUGGAUUCGAGCAAUAUCACAGUGCAGUAUGCCAUGCUGGGUCAAGUUCAGUGGCUCAGUCAGUACCUGAAGGAUGUGGAGAAGAAUCCAAACCGAGAUGGAAAGAGUAUCUCAGGAUCUAGUCCUUUAAGUGGUGUUUUGGGGAAGAGGACUUCUCAGCGAGACUCCAAGCGUCAUUUUGACACUGAAAAUCGGACUCCAAAUAAGCGCCCUACUGCAGAAGGGUCGGCAGAGACCCCUGUGAAAAGAACACAGGGCCCCCCGGGUCGAACGCCAAGGGUGCAGCACCUCUCGGGAUCCCAAGGAAAUGUGCAAGGUAGCAAGGGACUCCCGUCUUUGUCUCCCAACAACACAGCGACCUCGUCAACAGCCAGAGCCAGCCUGAGUGAGCCCAGAAAUGACAAACGGAAGAGAACUUUAACACCAGACGAAGAAAUCACUAAUGAUUACCCAAAGGAGAAUGACUCUUCCAGGUGUCCUAAUUUGAUGCCGAGUAACUCCAGACCCUGUGGGGAACAGCAAGCAAAGAGGUUAUUUCCUUCUCAUGCGAAACAGGAAGAUGUAAAAGGCAAAGGUGUGAUGCCUCUGCAAACUACCACAUCUUUUUACGGACAGACUGGGACCAGGGAAUACUCUUCUCCUAGUCCUUUUUCUGAGAGGUCAUGCUUAGGAUCACAGUUUCCUGCUGCAAAAAGGUCCCUGGGUUUGGUAACUCCACAUGCCGCCACAGCCUGCAAGAAGAUAAAGUCUACUUCUGAUUUUGUAGGCUGGAACAAGAGCAAGCCAUUUUUGUCUACUCAGCAACCACAACUGCAAGGAUUCUCCAACCUGGGCAAUACGUGCUACAUGAAUGCCAUCCUGCAGUCCCUCUUUGCCCUGCAUUCCUUUACCUCGGACAUGUUAAGGCAGGGCAUCCCAUGGAAUCGAGUCCCUCCAAACUCUCUACUGAGGCGACUGGCUCAUCUUUUGAGUAAGAAAGACGUGUGCACUAUGGAUUACAAGAAGGAGCUACUGAAGAGAGUAAAAACCGCCAUAUCUGCUUCUGCUGAGCGAUUUUCUGGAUAUGCCCAAAAUGAUGCGCACGAGUUUCUCAGCCAGUGCCUAGACCAGCUAAAGGAGGAUGUAGAACGACUAAACAAGAAAUGGCGUCUGGAGCCUGGACAGGGCGAGUCUCCCAAGCCCAGUCAGACAGACAGUGCAUCGGACAUGCCCUACACCUGCCCUGUUGCUGCAAAUAUGGAGUUUGAAGUUCUGCAUACCAUCACCUGCCGUGUGUGUGGAGAGGUGGUGAAGAAAAAGGAGCAAUUUAAUGACCUCUCCAUUGAUCUCCCGCGAAAAAAAUCUGACACCGCCUGGUCCAUCCAAGACUCCCUCGACCUCUUCUUGAGGGCUGAAGACGUAGAGUAUGCAUGCGAGAAGUGCGAAAGCAGGAAUGCGACUGUAACACACAAGUUCAUUAAGCUACCAAGGGUCCUGAUCCUGCACUUGAAGCGCUACAGCUUCGACGUGCAGUUGGCCGUUAACAACAAAGUGGGACAGCAAGUGAUCAUCCCCCUGUAUCUGACGCUGCAGGCCCACUGCGUAGAGGGUACACGCUCAGCCCUGUCACUGCGCUCCAGCAAACACACGCAUGGAAACAUGCAGCCUUUACGAAGUUCCCAGUCCAUGAAUGCUCCGUCUACAUCAUCAAACAGAAAGCGUUACACUUUCAAGCCACGUGUCCUGUCCAUAUCGGAGUCUGAUACUGAUGAAGAUCAGCUGAAACGUGCCCUGAACUUGAGUAAACAGGUGGUGGAAACCAACAGAUUUAAUGGUUGUGAAGGGGCAUGCGAAGAUGAAAUGUUAGCUACUGUGAUGGCAAUCAGCCAGGAUGAGAGUGGCCAGCAGGCCCUUUCCAUGCUGAAGGACUCGGAAGUUGAUCACUUAGGGUUGCAUGCUUCCAACAAGCAUGAUAACGAGGAUGAGCAGAUACACAGCGGUUUGGAGGCGCGAGACAAUACACAAGUCAAUGAGGACCUCCUAAUGCAGAUGUGUGACCAGGAGCCGACUAAUAGCAGUCCAGACACUGGCUUCUGUGAUGAGGUGGACUUCCCAGAUGUCGCUGAGGUGCAGGAGGUGGAGUCGGAACCAUGCUCUGAAGUUACAGCACAUGUUGAGGAACCAGUGUACAGUAGCAUAAUUGUACCAACCGAGAACUGGGAAGAAGAUGACAUCCCAGUAUGGUCCAAAAUGGACAUUGGACCCAAGAAGGAAGAAGAUUAUGCUGGGAAGAAGGAAGAAGGUGCUGAGAAGAAUGAGCAGAAGGCAAGUGGGGAUGAAGACAAGGAGAACCGUACCCCAGUAAAAGAAGCAGCUGUGAUGGUGGCCUCACCCCCGGCAGGACCCUUAACGGAGGGUGAUUUGCAGGCUGAGCCAGAGCCAGACUGGAUGGAUCAAUACAGCUUGGAUCGCGAGAGGGAGGAGCGAGAGCUGCAGGAGGCCCUUGCACAGAGUCUCCGAGAUCAGGAAGCCAGGGAACAAAGAGAAGAAGACGAACUGAAAAGAGCGACAGAAUUGAGUCUACAAGAGUUUCAGCACAGUCUGGCAGAGGUUAUGGGCUCCGAUGAAGAUUCUGGGAACGAGGGCAGCGUGGAGCUGGAGCGCAGCGAAGCUGAGGCUCUCGAACUCAAGUGUAAUGCCGAGACUGGUGACUUGCCCCAUUCAUUUCAAUUACUCAGCGUUGUCAGCCACAUCGGCAGUGAUUCCUCUGCAGGACACUACAUUAGUGACACGUUCGAUGUAAAAAAGCAAAGCUGGUUCACCUAUGAUGACACGGAUGUAACUCGCACAUCUGAGGCAACCGUGCGUGACACACGGGAAAGGAGUGGAUACAUCUUCUUCUACAUCCACAAAGAGAUCCUGGAGCAACUUUUGGAAAGCGAUGGCACGGUAUAAAAGAUUCAUCUGCUCCCGUCACGAUGGUUGGAUGCCUGAGCGCGCAGCUGCAGAACACUGCCUUACGAACGCACUUCACUUGCCAGUCCUUUUUUAUUUUGUCACACUCGUAAUGAUCUAUUGUUUACUGAUGUUUAGAAGUCGGUUUCCAAGUUAUUACAUUCACUUGAACACAACAAUUAUUAUUCCACGUAACUAAAUUGCUUACAUAUUCUGUGGUUCUUUCGGUAAAGUCACGUAGAUAGAAAAAAUAACAAUAAAAUAAUAAAAAUUUAAAUGAAAAUAAAGUGAAUAAAAUAUAUAUCACAACGUUUCUAUCGCAACACAAGCAAUAGUUGUCAGGAUGACGAUUAUUCACUUUAUUUAUAUGUUAAAAAUUUUCUUUUAUUUUUUCUAUCUACGUGACUUUACCGAAAGAACCAUAGACUAUGAAAAGUCUAAAUUUAAAUUGCUUAUAUUUUUGUGGUUGUCUUGUGCAUGUUUGAAACUAUGCCGCUGCAGAUACAUGACCUGCCAUAAAUAAGCCAACUACAUUUUGGCUCCGAAUUGCAUGUUCACAAUAAUUUUUGGCUGGUGCUAGUUUUCAGGAACAUUUCGUUUUCCAUAUUUAAUUUGUAUUUUUUUGCUGUGGAUUUGUUAAAUUAAUAAAACCAUGUUUCUUGUCGUUAUCAUAAUUCCAUGUAUAUAAAUGGUAUUCAUUUCAAAACAACCGUAAGGCCUGUGCAGGUCAGAUUUCGAAGUGGUUAAUUUAAAAUGUCGGCAUAUGUUGCCUUGAUCCAACUUGUUUUAAAAUGUACAUAAACCAAGUAACACCACAAUACUGGUGUGCAACAUUGUUUCGGCAGUUAAAUGUAAACUUUGGCAGGUGUAAAAAUGCUUUCCUUUGCUGUGAAAAAUAAAAUGGACAUUGUAAAUAAAAAUACCAGGCUUAAAAUA